UACCUGGAGGCUUUUUCUUCUUUUGAAUUGUUUCCUUACUAUAAAUUCUAGGAAGUAAGUUAUUCAGUCAAAGGAUAUAAUCACUAUUAUGGCUCUUGUUAUAUUUUGUCUAAUUGCCAUUUUUUUUUAAAGGCCUAAAUGUAUUAUAGGUAUUAUUCUUGCUUGGCUCAUGAGAACAUCCUGUCUCCAGAGGUCAAGAGAUUAUUAGCCCAAAGUGUAGCUACUUGCAGAUAGAGCCGGGGCUUUUGUCCUCUGCUUCCCGACUCUUGCCCUAUCUUUCUAUUGUACCACUCCAAAUAUUUAUUAUCACAAUGUUGCUGUUAGUAGUAACACUAGUGAAUCCGGGUAUUUAUAACCUCAUAAAGCUUGUUACAGCCUUAAGCAAAAAGCUUGGGGCCAAGGGCAUUUUAAAAAAUGCACACUUUAUGAGGUGCAACUGCGGAGAAAUGAGAACGCAUUCUUAAGCGUUGGUAUUCACGUGGUGGUGCUGGUAGAGGCUGUUACAUUUCUUCCAGUGAAGCUGUUCUUGCAGCCGCCUUGGAAUUUACUUCAGGGCCAGUUUAUGAGCCACCCCAAGUAAUCUGCUUGGAGUCUGAGCAUCAUACCUUGUAUUUGACCAAAAAUGGUAUUCCUGAGCUCAGUGCCACCUGAUUCACUGCACUUGGAACCAGAUGAUGUUGGGCUCUUUCCAGAAGUCAAAUCCUUCCUGGGAGGAUGAAGAUCUGCCAGCUCUGAGGAUUCUGGAAAAAAAAAAAAAAAAAAAAGAGCCUCAAGCUUUGAAGGCCAUUUCCAUGGUAGACAGACUGAUGUGAAAAGUGGCCAUCCUGUUGCCCCAGGCACAUGACCUUCCAAAGUGACCAGGUUGAAAGGGAAGCAGUAUCGUGUGGUCUCUCACCCUGUCACUCAGGGUGGAGUGUAGUGACGCAAUCACGACUCACUAACUCACUGCAGCCUCAACCUCCCAGCUGAAGCAAUUCUCCUGCCUCAGCCUUCUGAGUAGCUGGGACUACAGUUGGCUCUGAAGAGUGGUGAGUCAGAAGAGACAUCAGGCAGCCAGCAACUUGGGCCAUGGCCUCUGACCUAGACUUCUCACCUCCGGAGGUGCCCGAGCCCACUUUCCUGGAGAACUUGCUACGGUACGGACUCUUCCUGGGAGCCAUCUUCCAGCUCAUCUGUGUGCUGGCCAUCAUCGUACCCAUUCCCAAGUCCCACGAGGCGGAGGCCGAACCGUCUGAGCCCAGAAGUGCUGAGGUGACGAGGAAGCCCAAGGCUGCUGUUCCUUCUGUGAACAAGAGGCCCAAGAAAGAGACUAAGAAGAAGCGGUAGAAGAGGAGGCCCGAGGAGCCGGGCAGGCAGGGAGAGGGUCUUGGGGACAGCCCUCCUGGGAAUCUACAUCCUGUUCCCCCCCAUCCCAGGCUCGGGAUCUGAGGAGGCUGUGACGCCCUCGGACCACAGAGAUCUAGACAGUCAUGACAGUCCCUAGGCUCCAGCUCGGCAAUCCAUCACUUCCUCUUCCUUCUGCUUCUGUGACGGUUUAGAGUCAAGGGGACUGAAACUGUGAGCAUAGACUGUAUUAGGUUUGUUCAGAAGCCAGUUCAGCUCACAGAGUCACAUUUUCUUAAUUAGUCAUGUGUCCAUCCUUGAGUCGCCCCCUCCUUGUGGGUUUACACUACAUUUUGGCGUCAUUAUCUAAUGCUGACAAGCACACCCUCUCCCAUUAUUUGUGCACUGCAAAUCUCCUGCUAAUCAGUCACUUUUGUUGCUGCUGUGUAAACAGAGCCAGGCCUCACCUGUUUGUUUAGGCCAAGAUGCCAUGGCCAUGCAAUGUUAGUGAUCCCACUGGCUACGACAGCCAGGCCCAGAAAAUGCCUGGCGUGAGAGCCAGCAGACGGCCAGGCCAGGGUAGGCAGUGCCUGCUUCUGCUCCAUCAGGUGCAGGGUAUUUGGCUGAAGGUGUGCAUAUUUCCUGGGCACAAACUUCCUGAGCCUCUGAAAUGGGAGGCUCAUCAAUUUCAGACCAACCUCUUCAACCCAUCAUAGCACAUUCAAGGUGUGCCUUUUACUUCUACUUGUACACCCCCCAUCCCUUCACUUCUUUCAUUCCCUGACCAGUGAGCGAGUUCCUGGGGGAAGUGUGAAUAAACUGACAUGCAAGCUUCAGAA